AACACGCGACAACUUAACAGUAAUAUUUACUAUUGUAUAAUUAACAUUUUUGAGACGCGGAAAUUUUCUAUUGUACACUCCAGCUCUUCAAGACUGCGUCACAAAGAAUAUCCGGAGAACCAAUACGUUCCCAAUAUUUUGCAAUAAAGUUAAUACAGACGUGCAGCAAUACCUCCUUCCGUGACCUUAAGAGUGAAAUCAGACUAACCAAAGGAAACUUUGCAGUUUUUCAGUCGAAAGCUGAGCGCAAAAGCUUCUAAUUACGAACAGUGCAGAAAUCUAUUUCAUUAACUGAGCCUGUGUCAAUAUAAAGCGACUUAUUACACGAACUAACGAAACGUCCGUCGAUAUGAAAGAGAAACAUCUUAAGUGGUACAGUCCUUUCGUGUUCCUUGUUGGAGCUAUGUUAAGUUUUGCUGAUCUUAUCACCGAUAUACUUACACUGUUAGAAUUCUACCGCGCGAAUCACAAAGUAUGGUUUGGUGUGGGGCUUACUUUUGUUUUAUUGCCAUGUUUGGCGUUUCCAGUAGUGUUCUACCUGUCGCGUACCAGUAGAUCACACCUUUCACCUUCUAAUUGGGCAAGAACUGCUCUUUGCGCAUUGCAUCCAUUUUCAGCAGCCUUCGCAAGACUAGAAGCUUUACUUCUCACUCUCAAGAAAUGGCGGUAUGAAGAUGAAAUCGACCUCUACUUUAAAGACAAAGCUGAAGAUCUAUUCAGUUACAUUGACUUAGUUGUACUCUUUGAGGCAGUCCUUGAGUGUGCUCCACAAUUUAUAAUUCAGUUGUACGCCAUCAGUGUUCAGGAGGAACCAGCUGCAAUUAUCCAAAUCAUUUCUCUACCUAUCUCUUUCCUCACUCUGGCAUGGGCCUUCACAGCCACUGAUAAGAUGUCUCUUGUAGCGAACCAUAUAAUGCCAAGUAGCAGUUAUCUGAAUGUUAAACACAAACUAGUAUUGUAUGCAACUCACUUGCUCCUCCUGAGCAGUCGACUGUUCGCCAUCUGUUAUUUCACCGUCAGCUACAAGUGGUGGGUUAUUGGUGUAUUAAUGGUUCAUUGUUGUGUGAUGGUAAUAGCGACUGUUAUUCAGCAUAGAGAUAAAGUUUGCUGUAAUGCCUCUAAAGUUUUCGUUACUUUAUUGUUCAUGGGCAUUCACAGUCUAAGAGAUGACUUUACACAUAUUACGAUAAGAGUAGACGUAAAUGGUGUAAAUAGGAAUGUAUAUUUCUCACAUAUUUUGUUUGUAUUAGAAAACUUCUUUAUGAUCCUGAUGUUUUAUUUCACUCACCCCAACGCUUGGUACUCUUUACCUGUCACUGUGUGUGUUUGUGUGUUCAGUGUUCUUGGAUCCACAAUGAGAAUUUGCCUAUUUCGUUGGCUUAGCAAGAGACCUGCCGAACAGCUCAGCAGCUGUGAUGACAGCAGUAAUGUGAAUGCUAGUGUUGAGAAGUGUUAUGAAAGUUCAGUAUAAUCUUAGGUUUAAGCUAUGGAAACGAGUUUCGAAGUUGUGACUAUCUUGUUUAACUUCCAUCGCUGGACGUGCGUCGUUGGACCACUAGCCUUGGCCAUGUCCCUCGCGAAAGUUUCAGGAAUAUUUAGCCGGCUUAAAAAACGGUUGUUC